UCCUUCACUUCUUUCCCUUCCUCUGUGUGUAUCAUCCAUCACAAUUCUUGGUGUUGUUAUUUUCUGCUGCGCUGUAUGAUGGAAAAGCAGUCACUUUGUGAUGACAACAUGGAGGAAGCAGAGUAUAUAUUGCUUGAUCUGGAUGACCUUCCCUGCGAAAUUUACAUUCCCCCAAAUGCACCAUAUGUUCUCUCGGGUCUUGACACAUUAAACCCCAUCUUGACCAUCGAUGGUAAAAUCAAGCUGAUUGGACAGUAUGAUGAGACUAUUGGGACAUGCCUUGUUUUUGAUGAAAGUGAUACACCUCCGGUGGUCCAUGAAGAGGCGGGGCCUUCUGAAGCUAACCUUUUCCCAGGAAGGCCUACGUUAGAUCCUAAGCAAACCAAGUCCAAACAAGUCAAGCCUGUAACACAGCUUCAAAAGAUACUUAAAUUCAGGUUGUUGCAGAAUAGUGAAACUGGAGAUGCAAGAGAGAAGACAAAAGAAGAUUAGGUAACCGAGUGUUUUAGUAACUUAGAUGCUACUACUCGAGAAUGUACAGUGGAGUCGAAACAGAGCUAUUAUGACGUAGCAAUGGUGUAGCAUGGAUAAUACUAGCAUUUUUCUUUACAAGUACUAGUAUAUGUUAACGAUAUAGUUGGUUGAGAACUCAGAUAUUGCACAUUGAGCAGCAACUGAAUUUGGCAGAUAGAAUCAGUUGGAUACAAAAAGCUAUUAGUACUUUAUAAUUUGCUCCUUUUAUUAUUAUCGAUGGAA